UUGCAAAGGCAACACCUGUUCUGCCACCAUGCAAUAAUUCAUGGGUCACCAUUCAAAUACAUUAUAGAGAAGAAUGUUAACAAAUAGUAAGAGUGGAUUCUAAUCCUACUAAAGAACGUAAUCACUCGUGGGCUCCAAACGCACCCAAAAAAUUAGCAAGAACCAUUUCCACUCAAAGAAUUUGAAAGCAUAACAUUGAGAAAAGCACGAUAGGAACUGGAGCCACUUCUCUACUCUGAGUUCUCUCUCGUCUCGAGACCACCACCAACAACUGACCUUCCAUUUCUUUCUCAAGGAGAGUCAAGCCAAAUCCCUUUCUCCUCUGAGUCCUCUCUCGUCUCGAGACCACCACCAAGAACUGACCUUCCAUUUCUUUCUCAAGGAGGGUCGAGUCAGAUCCCUGUCUCGUAUCAGAAGCCCAGAGAGAGAAGAAGCCAUGCAAGCCAGAAAAAGAGGAGGAAAGGAUCGGACCUCCGCGGGCAACGUGCUCAACUUCGCAAAGCACCACGCAGAAAAUCCGACCCAAACUCAAAAAAACCGUAGAAACCCACAAAGAUGGUAACGUAACAACAAUGAUCACAACAAACCUAAAACGCAAAAGAAGAGAGGGAAAAACAGGGAGUGGACGCGACCUUUAGCAUAAGACUUCAUGAAAACUUGCCGAUCUGUACAGUCAGUAUUCUAUACUGGUCAGAAGUAGGCGCAAACAGACGACGCAUUCUUCAUCCUCACUGGUGCAGGGAAACAGCAGAUGGCGGGCUCCUCAAUCCUCAUCCAAUCAACCCCUUCAUCCUCAUCGAAAUGAAAAAAAACCUAUCAGAUCCACACAACUCAUAAAACAAUCCUCGAUUUAAGAUUCCGAAAAUCACCAACAAUCCCUCAAACAAAAAGAUGAAAGAAAGAUGUGAUUAUAUAUCGAUAAAUCGGAGAUUCCUGACGACGGAUCAAAUCCCUUGAUUAAUGAGCAUCUUAUCUUUGAUGAUGAUCAACAAAGGUUACUGGCAAAUACUAUGGUUAGCAAACUGAACACAAAACAGCCUUUCAACUACCUACAAUUACAAACAGAAGCACAUGAUCCAAACGAUUAAGAGACUUGCAAAAAGAGAAAAGCAAACUCAACAUAGAGAGACGGAUAAAUCACCUGGGACGAAUACAAAACCUACUAAACUGGAUCUUCUCCAGACCUCUGAACUGUCCUACAGUGGGUCUGGAUCUCCUCCAGAUCUCUCAAACCUUCUUCUUCGUGGCUUUCAACUCCGCCCUUCUCCCAAGAAGAGAGAUGAAAAUUCCCAACGCAGAGAGGACACCGAGGGAGAGAGAGAGAGAGAGCAGCCGGAGAGGUGAAUAACAAAAGGAGAGAGAGUAACAUGCUAAAGAGAAGCAAAGUUUUCUUUAAGCACCAAGCUGAAGAAAAAGAAAAGAAACAGAUCCUCUCAAUUAAUUAAUGCCUUAGCCUGCACAAAACAGUAAUAGCCUCUCUCAGCGUCGAACAACGCAAGGACUUUCCAAGCCCUCCCAGAGACAACAAAACCCGACCUUUUCAUAUAGUAGAGAAAAAGCAUGUCAAGGUAUCUCUCUGUAUCCAGGAAACCCUUUCCUGUUUCUCGAACGACCCACCUCUCCACUGUCCAGGCAUGUCACUCUCAUCCACACAUCCACAAACCCGCAAGAUCUCCCACCGCUCAAUGAUCCCUCCCCAGCAAAACACCCAAAGCAACUGAAUAAGCCUCGGUCCACGCACCCGCCUGGGCCAAAGCAGCAUAUAGAUCUCUGAUGACGAACGCGCGUCAGAGCCACCAAACGACCCCAAUGCAGAGAUACUGAGCAACACAACUCCUUUCAAUCAACUUUUCAGUCCCUCUCAUGGCCCACCAUCUCUGAGCUAUCCCAUCUCCCAGCACAGUCUCUCCCAAACCCGCCAGAUCUCCCACCACUCAACGAUCCCUACCCAGCAGAACACCCAGAGAGUAACCGAAAACCCUCGAUCCGCGUGCCCGCUCGGGCCAAAGUCAAAUAUCGAUCUCUGAUGACCAACGCGCGCCGGGGCCACCAAACGACCGCAACUAAGGCCAACCAGAAGCCAACGACCAGUCCCACACCAACCAAGACCCCAGAGCCCGCCAAAUCCCACGCCAGAUCCCAAUGAGGCCUCACCCAACUCCAGCCCCCACCGAAGGACACGCCAGUUUGAAACAGUAAAUCUCAGUCACGUUGUACAGUAAAAGGUGUCUGCGUGUACAGUACACGGGCAUGCAGCGGGUUUCUUUCUUUCAAUUGGCUCUAGUAUCCAACUCUUUACCAAAACAAAUUGCACCAUCCAAAUUUUAUGUUGGGGUCAAUUUGGCUCAAUUGUCCCGAAACAAGAUAAUUGAAUAAAAAAUUGAUCCGUUA